UCAAAGCAUUCAACGGUAUGCAGAAGGUGUCCAUGUCGGUAAUGGAAUUCAGUCAUAAUAAUAAUAAUAAUAAUAAUAAUAUAGGUAGUCUAUAUGAACAUCCGUUUUCGGUUGGUUUCUAGAAGGAGGAGCUCCAUUUGUGUUGACUGAGGGAGAGAGAGAGAGAGAGAGAGCAUCAGUUUUGAAACGGACCGAGAGAUGGACAGGAUGUUACUGUGAUGCUAUCCAACAGAAUGUGAUACUGAAUCACAAAACUGACACUUAGUGAUGCUACUACACAUUUGAAAGCCAAUAUUUCCUCCGUCGUCAAGGCGAAGAUGCUGAAGACGGAGGCUUCGGCAGAGAGGACCACCCUGAGGAGUGCCUCUCCGCACAGGAAUGCCUACAGAGCAGAGUUUCAGGCUCUCAAGAAGGCCUUCGAUCAGCCGAGACAGGAUGGCGACACCAAGAGCAAAGAUCCAGAGCGGAUCCGGCAGCCCCGGGGUCGGCAGUAUGGCGCACACGUCAGCCGAAUCAAGGACAUGUUCAUGCAGAUGGGCACAGAGAACACGGGUUCUGGGAAGCCUCGAGGAAGAGACGAGACAUCUCCACAGAAACUUACCAAGCCGACCAAUUUCAUUAACCGGGCAGAUGGUUCAGUGAUCAAACUUCAGCAUGGUGAGAGAACCGGCAACUCGAAAUUCUCAGAGACAAGGAAGCUCUUUGAGCAGAGCUCUAGAGAUACAUCCCAGUCUCCUGUGUACUCAUAUGGCAGAGAUAAGAGGGGUUCUCAUGAGCAUUUGGAUGAUUGGAGAGGGGCACGUUCCAACAGGGGCAGCACAGACUCCUUGGACAGUCUUUGCUCACGAACAGAGGCGUCUUCGCCAACAGUCAGCCAGCUUAGUGCUGUGUUUGAGAAUUUAGACCAUCAAGGAUCAGGCUCCACUUUCCGCAGAAGUUAUGGAAGCGGUCGCCCUCUUUAUUCACCGGAUGGCUCACUAAGACAUGGGGACGCCAGUGAGGAUGAUGCCAGCCUUCGUCAGUCUCCAUCACAAGGUGUGUGCAGGACACGUGUUGGGAGCAAGCACACUCUUCCAGUUUCGUCCUCCUCAGAAGAUCUUCUCAGUCCCAGUCCUUUGUCUGAGCAGGAAAAGACUAUUGAGGGGAAUGAAGUCCAGGAGAGGACUGCGGCAGGACAUGGGGAUGUAGGAACCAGCAAGGCUGUAGAUGGAUCUAGUGAGCACAAGCAGGUUGAAGAUUCUGCUGGAGUUUGCACAAACUCUGCUCAAGUCAAUGACACUACAGUGUAUGACAGACCACAAAAGGAUACAUCUGUCUCAGCAGAUAUUAAGGUUCAAAAGGAUAUAGAGGAGCCUAUAGAUGACUCCAGCCGGAUAGCAGCUCAUCAUAUGGAGGAGCCCAAUGAGGAAUACUGUAGCAAUGAGAGGGUUAUUUACAAUGCUGAUGGAGAUGCCUGCUACCAGGGCUGGGGAGAGAGCUGCACCGACGUGGAGGAUGAUUUGUAUGGGGAUGAUGAUGUUAGCUAUGAUCCUGGAUCAGAGAUCACUGAGAUUCCUGGUCUUCCUGAGGAGGAGAAGGAAGAUAUUCCUCCAAAUCGGAAAAUACGAUUCAGCACUGCCUCGAUCACGGUCUUUAAUACCUACUCAAAUGAGGAUUACGAUCGCAGGAACGAAGAGGUGGAUCCAGUAGCAUCUUCAGCAGAGUAUGAACUGGAAAAGAGAGUGGAGAAACUGGAACUUUUUCCAGUGGAGCUGGAAAAGGAUGACGAUGGUCUGGGGAUCAGCAUUAUUGGCAUGGGAGUGGGUGCAGACGCAGGCUUGGAGAAACUGGGCAUCUUUGUCAAGACUGUUAUUGAAGGUGGAGCAGCAGAGAGAGAUGGAAGGAUUAAGGUGAAUGAUCAGAUUGUGGAAGUUGAUGGCACCAGUCUGGUGGGUGUGACACAGAGCUUCGCGGCGUCUGUGUUGAGAAACACCCAAGGCGUAGUCAGGUUUGUGAUUGGCCGGGAGCGUCCAGGACAGGAGAGUGAGGUAGCUCAGCUGAUCAGUCAGACUCUGGAGCAGGAGAGGCAUCAGAGAGAGAUGAUGGAGCAGCAGUAUGCACAGUAUGAUGCUGAUGACGAUGAGACAGGAGAGUACGCCACAGAUGAGGAUGAGAAUGUGGGACCUGGCAGGACGGAGAAAGAUGUAACCAUUGAGGUUUUUGACUUGCCUGAAAACGAAGACCUCAUCUCGCCAUCAGAGCUGGAUGACACCAAACUCUACCAGAAAUUCCGAGAGCUUCAGAUCAAGCACAGUGUCACUGAGGCUGAGAUCCAGAAACUCAAGAGCAAGCUGGCGGCAGUGGAGAAAGAGAAAGCCCGCUGGGAGCGAGAAAGAAGCCAACUCAAGCAGAGCAUUGAGGAUAAUAAGGAAAGGAUGUUAAAACUGGAAAGCUAUUGGAUCGAGGCUCAAACGCUCUGCCACACUGUCAACGAGCACUUAAAGGAGGCUCAGAAUCAGUACCAAACCUUGGAGAAGAAAUACAACAAGGCCAAGAAACUGAUCAAGGAUUUCCAGCAGAAGGAGGCGGAGUUUGCCCAGAGGGAAGAGGCAGAGAAGAAGAGACUUGAGGAUGUGGAAAAGGCUCAUUUAGCUGAGAUCCAUGGGCUGCAAGUGAGGAUUGCAGCGCUGGAGUCCGAGCUGAUGCAGCUGAUGAAACAAAAUGGCAUUCAGGUAAACAACAACAACAACAAUGGCGUCAACAGCCGCACACAGCUGAGUGAGAGAGGUGCUGCACCACAGUGUCCUGAGAGACGCCUCGCUGUAGGAGAGUCAGUCGAGUGUGUAGGCAGCGACCUGGUGAAGGGUCACAUGCAAAUGUUUGAAGCCUCCAGAAGUGUACACAACAGCACCAGCUCUACUGAGGACGAGGACGUCCUCCAGCGGAAGAGUUCUCACAUUCUCUCCACUGUUGUACCCGAGUCGAUGGCCCCCAGGGUGUCUGAGAGUGAGGGUCCUCCAGUGGUGUCAAGCUUUUCCCAAGGUCAAGAUAUAAAAUGCAGCAAGAAGCUUGUGGACCGGGGCUCCACAGACCCAUCAGUAGAGAAGCACACAAGCAAGGCUUCUACUGUAAUGGAUGAUGUCAGCGUGAGCAGCUCGAGCUCAGGAGAGAUCUGGGGUGUGAUCACCGAGCCCAAGCUGACUGGCCACUCACACACACUAGUGCUUUCUUCAGAUGAGAUCCAGGAUGAAGGGCAGCCAUUGAGGCAGCACCAGUGGCAGAACCGCAGUGUGCCAGACUGGUCGUGUCAGCAGGUGUGUCUCUGGCUCAUGGGCCUAAACCUGGAGCAGUACAUCCCUCAGUUCACUGCCAAGAACGUGGAUGGAGAGCAGCUCCUGCAACUCAACAAUGACACACUCAAAGAUCUAGGUGUAGCGUCUUCUCAGGACCGGGCUGUGUUUAAAAGGAAGCUGAAGGAUCUGAAGGUGCUGAUGGAGAAGGCCCGAAGGAACAAGGAGAAGCUGCAGAAGCAGGUGGAAAAACGACACAAGAAAGAACUGGAGCAACUGCAGAAAAAACGCCACAAAAACAGCAAGACCUCUGAGCUGGGAAAGGGUACUACAGAGUGACGGCUAUUCAAUCCUAAAAAUUACUUGAGUCUAGUAUUUUAUGGUACUCUAGACUGGGCUCCUUUUAGUAGACUUCAGAAUCUCACUGGAGGAGGCACUGCUACUGAACUGCCACUGGAGAAAAUAAACCAAACCAUCCUGAAUAACUGAAGUUUUUAACUGUAAUUUCAAUUUUUUUUUUUUUGGAUCAGCAGUUUUAGAAUGCUUGUUCAUCUGAGAGGUGUCCAUUUAUUUGCAUUUUAGCUUGAAAUGAAUUAACAGAAUUAAGUUCUGAGAUUUCAAGCACCUUUAAACAUUAAAAAUGUACACACACACACAAAUAUAUAUGAGAGACCAAGAUGUGCGGUUUACUCUGUGUGAAAAAUCUCUUGGCUUAAAGCACAGGUGAUAGCGACGCACAGUGCUGCUGUCAUUCUGUCUGAAAGCUCGAGCGCUACUCACUGGAAAUACAGAAAUCUUACUCUGAGAAGAAAGCCAUUGAAAUAUCACAGACCUCACACUAACUCCAUCUGACCUUGUGGAUAUUGUAUACCUGUAGCUGUUUUAACACUUUAACAGUCUGCUGUUUAGUGUCCUGUAUCCCUCAGCGAUGUAAAUAAGAAAGUCAGCUGUUCAGAGCCUAAAACAAAGAAACAAGCGACAUGUAAUAAUCAAGGAGAGGCCUGAAUAUACUGUACAACCACACUGCAAAGAGCUGAUACUGAAAAUGCACUCCAAAGAUGACAGAACAGAUCGCUGCGACGUCCUGCUGCUUCUUCUUCUUCCUCCUCCUCACCAUUACCUGCUUUUAGUCGUCAUUUGACUGAACUAGAUCUCAGUUAGACUCAAGCGCUGCCUUUGAAACUACCGCUGUAUAGAUUUUGUAUAGCAUAGCUGCUCUGAGUGUGUGAAACCCCCUGAUUACGGUACUCCAACAUCUAAAUGGUGUUCAGUAGCUGACAAACCUGCACUUAAAGCAGACCUAUUCAAAUUUAUUAUUUAACACUUAUUAUAUAAAUGUUAUUUUAUUUUCUGGUCAAGUGGAGUGAGAUUUGUUUUCUCCAUCAGACUGCUGUGUUCAUGCCUGUCAGUUUUAGCUUAGCGCCAUAUCAUGGGAAAAAAAAGUGUUCCAAAAUACUUUUAAUUCAGUAUAUACAGUAUAAUACUAGCAAGUAUUGAUCCUAAUGAUUCUAUUGUGACUUUUUAAUGUACAGUCAAUACAUGAGAUAUUUCUAUCAGAUUUCCAAUUUGCUUAUUUAAUAUUCAGCUGUAGUUUGGUAGCUCGUCAUUUGCUUUGCUCGUUUUACUGAUACAAUUAUACUUUUUUUUGUGUUACUCUUUCUACAUUUUCAAGUUUCCCUCAUCCAGUGAAUGUCUUCUUUUCUGUGAACACUAUUUUGUUCUGCUGUGAUAAUUUCCAAGUUUACAUUUAAAAUCAUGAUUAUUUCAAUAGAAACGUGGCGGCGGCACUGCAGAGUAUCAGGCAGUGCUGAAUCAAUGUGUGAAUUCUCAAAGUUCUCCGAUAUGUUGGUAUUUGCUCCGCAUAUGCUUAUAGUUACUGUCAUUGAGCUAUAGUGUGUUAGGAACCAUUUUCUUGUAAGGAGUUUUGUUUGAAUUAUUUAUUUUUCAAAUCUUAAAAAAAAAAAAGGAAAAAAAAAUUGACUGAUGUAAUUUAUCAACAAAGUACGACAUAGUCAUAUUCAUGCCAAAAAUUGUUCAAAAGUGAUCGAUCUAUCCCAGUGGUCAAUUAGGUUCUCUGUGUUUCUAUCCUUUAUGUUGAUCCUUGAUAAACGCAUCCAAAUCAAACUGCUGCUUUCAGAUUUCUCGGUCAGUCAGCAACAUGCCAUGACUUUUAUAUCCGACAGUUAAAAGCAAUAUGUGAACUGAAGCUUUUAAGAGAUGUUGUCUCUUUGCUAUGGGUUAUCUAUAUGAAUGUGUGUAUGCACAGUAUAAUCAUGAGUGAUGCUGGUGUUCAUGAUGCAUAACCAUUGUUAGGCUUGAGUACACAACACACACAUUGCUGAAACUGUGUGCACCUUCUCGUUCUGCAGUUCAGUUUCUAAACGAGCGCUCCAUCACUCUUCAAACGCACAAACAAGGCAGCUGUUCAUCAGUUUGUAUAAACAGUUACUGCCCAGUUUAUGAACUUCUGUGCUUUCUGCUAAGCUUCCUGUUUCCCCACAGAAAAGCAAGGCGUUAGCUCCUUCCAGUUCAAAGAUGAUGCAAAUCAGUGAAAGUACGAAAGUACAGAACUGCUCCUGGAACAAAAAAAAACGUCCUCAGAUCUUUUUUCACUCUGUUUUGUUAACUCAUAGCUGCAUGAAAGACCCCAAGGUGCCAUGUUUCCCUUAGUUGUAGGACAGUCAUAUUUACCAUCUUUUUAAUUGUAAGUGUCACUCAGUUGUCACUCAUGUUGACCUGUAAAUACACCUCCAAAUGACACAACCAUUCAGAGAAAUACA